AUGGGAUUAAUUUUGACCAAUAAAUGCAAUUUAUUGUUUCUUACAUUGGAAAUAGGCGCUCUGCUGCUGGCAGCACAAGCAGCUGGAACAUGUGAAACUGUAUUUAAAGGCUUUUCGGACUGUUUGCUCAACCUUGGAGAAAACAUGGUCAGCUUCCCACAGGAGCUGGGCGACAGAGAGAACCUGAGGACAAUUUGCUCGUAUUGGGAUGACUUUCACUCCUGCGCAACGACAGCAAUCGCCGAUUGCCAAGAUGGAGCGGAGGAUGUUUGGGAAGAGAUCAAAACGCAAUCCAGGAGUUUGAAUUUUCAGGGAAGCCUGUUUGAACUCUGUGCAGCAGAUAGUGGAAUAAGAGGGCUAGUGGUGAAGAGGAAGUACAUCAGUGCCAAAGGCUUCAUCACAGAACAGUGUGAAUACAGCAGGUCAGGAAAAUCACCAGCCUGGGAUCUCUGCAUCCUCAUUAAAGGGACCACCUGGCAGCAAUUUCCUUACCCUGCUAAAGCUGCCUUAUUUGCUUAG